AUGAAAAUGGCGGAACACGGAACUUCCACUUCCUCGAAAAAGAAGCGCCUCGCGGUAUAUCUCGAGCAUACCUCCCCCUCGCUAAAUACAGGAAGCAAUGCACCGACGCCAGAAGAUGCCCAAGGUGACACCGCGGUAUCAUGCGGGGCUACCUCGGGUCAAGGUCAGCGGGUUCAGAUUGUCGCGCAUGCAGUGAAAGCUCUCUUCCAGCGUUCCAAAGCCUCGCGUUGCCCUUCAUCACCCCAUUUGUCUCUAAAUGACGACGCCACAAAGCCGUCCAAACCUUCAAAAUACGGAAAAGAAGACAGCUCGACUUUUCCUUCAGCAGCCUCCCUCCCAUCUGACGGGACCACGUCUUCGGACGAAGAGGGGAUUACCUCUUCGUCGCGUGACGCUUCUCAGCCGAUAUCUUCCUCGGGCGUAUCGACGCUCCUUUGGGCUCGUAGCCUUUUUGGAGAAGAAGAGGAAGAACUACUGUCCAACAACAGGGUAUCGACGAGAACCCUGCUUGUUGGUGAAGGACAAAGAGGUGAUUCUACGUAUGAGCCCUCGAAGGCCACAGACCAUACACAAGUCAACGGGCAAGAGCACCUGGCGGAAAGGGUAGAAAAAAUGAAGUUCAGGUCAUUGAAAGUUGGGCCGGCAUCUGUAGGUGGUCUGCAUAUUCCCGUCAUUGCCACGUCCUUGGAUCUCCAUAUUGCUCCAUUUUGGAGAACCGGAACGGAACAAGAGGUAAGCCUGCAAGCCUAUGAUCCGCGGGAGGGGGGGGGGGGGGUUCACAGCUAUGGUCUCAUUCUCGGAGAGGAGGGGGACACAUGGUUUAGAUCGAAAAGGUUAGGACUGGAAAGUUAUUUCUACUUUUCGGUCGACUGUCCGCAUUGUGUGUUCCCUUAUGCAGGCUCGAGCGGAGUGGCGGAAAACUCGGGCCGCGUUACGGAGCGACUUCAAAAGGAAACACAAAACUGCUGUUCGUAG